CUUGAUAUAUUCGUUAUGGUUUAAUCUCCACCCAGUCCUUCGUGCACAUGUGGAACUUAGGCACAUAUAGCGAAGAUCAUAGAUAUUAUCUUGUUCAAGUACUAUGCAGUAAGCCCAGUCACGUUUCCCCCCAAUGCUUGAUUCCUUUCUUUUCUUGAAAACAUAUAUUGUGUGUAUGUCAGUGAAAGCUGACAACACAGAACUGUGCAUGUCGCGAAGAUGUCUUUGGACACACCGUCUGAGCGCGGCCUCCUCGGCUAUGAGUUCAGGACAUGACUGACUUUCGUGUUUUGCCACUCUCUAGAAGGUCAGAUGAUGACACAAUGCUGCUGAUGUUUGGUCGGGUUAAAGCAAGCGCAGCGUGAAAGGAACCUAAUCUCGGACCACCGAGAACGAGAACAUCCAGCCGAACCGCUAACGUGACAGUUCGUUCCGUGUGCCUCGGCUUCUCCAUCACAGGGUCGUCCCGCAUCCCAGCUGCAUCUAACUUCCUCGUGCUUUCAGCGUCACCAUUUCUUACAGUUCUCUGUUCUCGUUAUCCGGGAAAACAAAAGAGAAUAAUGGCAGAUGCUCUUUGUGGUCCCUCCAAUGCUCUCCAGAGCUUUCAGAAACACACGUCCGUAGAUCGGACGUUGCAACAAGAUCGCCUUGUCGGAAGACAUUCACCGUCGCAGGGUUUCCGCUCGUCUUCGGGACCGCCAGGCGCAUUAGAUGCGGAAUUCGAAGCAUUCCAGGCUGGCCAGGCAGUGCCCUUGCCGCAGCAGUCGCAAGGUCUCCACAACCACUUCCCUCCUCCGCAAUUUGCCCAACCUCAAGUACAAUUCGCACAGCCGCAAUCACCGUAUGCUCCCGACUGGGCCUCCGAUUUUCAACGCCUUAAUCUUGCCCCGACACAUACACCACCUGCUGUGCAGCAACACCGCGCACCAGCUUCGAACGCGUCAUCGGCGUCAUGGCAUCAAGACUUCAUGAUGCAGCAGGCAAAUCCUGUGCAAGCACCAAUACUUCAGCAGCAGCGGAAUGGUUUUACGGGAAUGGGUUAUGGCAUGAACGGCGGCUUUGCGCAACCUAAUUAUCAACACGCCAUGGGUGGCGUCGCUCAGGGCAAACAAAGAGUUGAGGAGCAAGUUCCACAGUUUGAUGAAGCUGCCUUCGAACAGGCUUUUGCGCAGGCCCAGGAAGACAUGAUUGAUGAGGCGGCAAUAACCAACACUCAAACUCUUCGUGAGCAGAACACGACGAUGGAGGAAGCUGAGGAGCCUGCACUGCAGCGCCUUCGAGAACAGCGACCUGGUGUUUACGCAGUCCUAAAAAUUCGAAGCGCUAUUGACACGGGGAAGACCGAUGAUACCCAGAAAUACUUCGACUUGAUGGAUAACUUGGAGAAGAACAGCACUUUGAUCCAAGACGCUCCAGAGGGUCGGUGGAUCGCGGACACUUUGCGGACGAUAGCUUCACAAGGGCAAUCACAAGAGUCUACGCUGCGAGCUGAAAGUCUGGUCAGAGCCAUCAACGAACGACUCAUGUCGACAUAUCCGCUACAUUCCUCCCCUGUGCCUAUGGGUUCUGAAGAAUUAUGGAGAGAGUUGGAAGCUGCCGGAUACACUCGGGGCCCGCUGGCGGGACAGAUCACUCACCAGCCCGAGAACUCAGAACAAAAAACACAGGAUGUGCCUCAGCCUCCCCAUGACAAUGACGAAAUAGCGGAGACAGCAGGACAAUUGUUGGAACGCGUCGCGGACAAUACAAGUUCUAAGUUUCAGAACAGUCAAUUUUUGCAGCUUAUGAGGCGCUUGAGAGACAGGGAAGUGCGUGUGGAGGGUGAUAAAAUGGUUGAAGUCAGUGAGACGUCCACUUCUUCCAUUCCUUCAUCACAACACACAUCAUCACCACAUUCAACAUCAGCGACAGCAACAAGAAGAGCAAUACCACCAAGAUCUACGAGAAUCCCACCAAUAGACCCCAACAUUAUCGAUUACGCCGCUACAGAUUUUGUCAUACCUGUUUCUUCACCAACAGACGAUAAUUUCGAGUACGCUUCCACUACCGACCAAAUUGCAAGUCAAUAA